GCCUUGAAGCGAAGAAGCGGUCCAGGAAGUUUGAGCAAACAAAACAACGUGGGUCUAAAAAACGUGUAUAUUUAGUAUUUAAACUGAACCUGUUAAUAUGAAAUCUCAGGAAAAGCAUCCCAUUCUGUACCUUGAAGUUUAUCAAGAGAAUGGAGAGCAUCGUCUGCCAUUGCACACGUCUGUUGUCCUCUUCCUCUUGUCAUACACUGAAAGCAAAUCCUUUGAAGUUUUCCUGGUAUCCUCCUCUACCCAGUCAGACACCUGUGAAUCCCUAAAAGAUCACCUACCCAAGUUUUUGGAAGUGUCCCACGUGGAGCUGGAGUGCCUGCCCCCGCUGGUCAGGGGCUGUUGGCUGCCCUGUGUCCUGGAUGAGACUGGGAGGCUGUGCAGAGCUGGACUGGCUGUGGUACUUCGACACAUCAUCAACAGGACCUUGGAGGCUGACCCCUCUAAAAAUGAUGUCCUGGCUCUGCUGGGCUUCAAGAAGACCUGUCUGAAGGCUUGUGCUGAGGUUAGCAAGUGGACACGGCUUUGUGAACUGGGCAUCCCCUUAUCAGUUGAGGAACAUUUAAGAAAUGCUACUAAUGUAGAAACUCAGCUCCCUCUCCCCAUUCUCACCCUCGAACAACGUCUGUCUGAACCUGUGAAAGUUCACAAUGAUGACAAAAUCAGAAGACAGAAACUCAAACAACAAAAACAAAAUGGAGCAACCACUUUACCUGUGGGGACCAUGGAUAAUAACCUUCCACAGUCUAAUGACAGACUAGAGCUAGAUGCUGCACUUGCAAAGUUGUCAAUGGAUGCAGAUUCUGGGUCGGCCACUAGAGAGAGCUCUGAGAUCAGGAAAGUGAAAACAACAGAGCUACCGCCUCUGGAGCAUGUGUUUGCUGAGGGGCUGUACUUCACUUUGACUGAUGUGGUCCUUCUCCCCUGCAUCCAUCAAUAUCUGAGUUCUGUACAAACUCACGCAGAGCAGGUUCUGGACCACCUGCCCCGCCUGCUGCGCUGGUACAGCCGUGUGCAGGAGGUACCUGGGGUGCAGCGUGCAGCUAAAGCCUGUGGGAUAACCCUCCUCACCCCUCAGACCCCCCCUCCCCGUCCAUCAGAGCCCACGGCACAGCACAGCUCAAGCAGCCUACUGGAGUGUGAGGAGACCUGCCAACAGCUGCCGUUUGUUGGAGGCCCGAGGCCCACUCUGACCAAACUCAAAGAAAGCGGCAUAGAGGCUGUGUUCUUCCCUCAUCCAUGUCCUUCUUGGACCCUCCCGUGGGAGCACUUGCCAGAGGCGAUCAACCCCACAGAAGGUAAAAUGUCAGACGUCCGCGCGCAGAGAAAGAGGCAACAGCUGAAUAACUUGGUCGCCAUGGUUACGGACCUCGCCAGACCCGGGAACACUAUUGUGGACUUUUGCAGCGGAACGGGUCAUGUGGGGAUCGUCCUGGCGCACGCUCUUCCAGAUUGUCAGGUCAUUCUGAUUGAAAACAAAGAAGAGUCCCUCGUUCGAGCUCAGAGCCGCGCGGCUGAACUGGGGCUGCAGAACAUUGGGUUUAUUCAGGCCAAUCUGGACUACUUCACUGGACCCUUUGACGUCGGGGUCGGCCUCCAUGCGUGCGGCGUGGCUACCGACAUGGUGAUGGAGCACUGCGUCCACGCCCGCGCCGCCUUCGUCAUCAGCCCCUGUUGCUACGGUUUCAUACAAAACGCAAACAAGUUCAGCUUCCCCAGAAGCCAAAGAUUUCAAGAGAGCCUGACUUAUAAGGAACACAUGAUCCUGUGCCGCUUCGCAGACCAAACUGCAGUGCAGCUCCCCCCAGAGAGACGCCUCAUAGGCAAGCAGUGCAUGGGGCUGGUGGACUUGGACCGCUCGUGGGCAGCAGAGGAUCAUGGGUACUCGGUGCGGGUUAUGACAAUGGAGCCGGAGAGCUGCUCGCCGAAGAACAACAUGCUGGUGGGAAGACCGGGCCAAGAGCGAGAACAGAGCUCAUAACUCUACUUGUGCGAAAUUGGAACGUUUACUACGAAAACUUUAUACGGGAUUUUAUUUGCCCAUCUCGCCGUUGUUUUGCCGUUUUAGCCUGACAUUGAGCUGGAGGUUCCACUAUGACAUGAAACGA